UAGCGUGUGGCCCCACCAAUCAGCCGCACGAACCCCGCAGGUUCCCCCACGUGGCCGCAGCCGCACGGACCAAAGCGGAGAGAAGAGGAGGGGAAGGCCAGAGAACACACCCGAAGAGGAACCCAACCGCCGACGCCGAGGCCCAGCGAGGGAGACCGACGCCAUGCGGCUGCGGCACGCGUCCGACCUCCGCGCCUUCCUCGCCGCGGCCGCCGUCGCGCACCUCUCCUCCUCCCCGGCCUCCCGCGCCUCCCCGUGCGCGCCCCCUCCGCUGCCGGCGCCGCGGCUCCGCGCGUUCGCAUCCUCCCGGGUCUCGACGCCACCCUCCUCGCCCUCGCCCUCGCCCUCGCCCGCGGGGGCGGUCGCCUCGGCGGGCGCCUCAGCGGCCGCAGCCGCCGCAGCCUGCGAGCAGGGGGCGGCGAAGCCCGCGAUAUGCACGGCCGAUGAGCUGCACUACGCGCCCGUGCCGGGCACCGAGUGGCGGCUAGCGCUCUGGCGGUACCGUCCGCCGCCUGAGGCGCCGAAGAGGAACCACCCGCUGAUGCUGCUGUCUGGAGUGGCUACGAACGCUGUUGGGUUCGACCUGUCCCCUGGGGCUUCUUUUGCUCGUCAUAUGUCUAUGCAAGGAUUUGAUACAUGGAUUGUUGAAGUGCGUGGUGCAGGCUUGAGCAUGCGUGGAUCAGAACUAGCUGCAGCUAACACCAAAUCUGACAUGCCCCCAGAUUCUAGUUUGGAUGAAAGUUCUACAGCAAAAGCAAAUGUUGUUGUUCCUGCCAAGAAUAUGUCCACUUCUGAUCCUCAAAUUUCUGAAGUUCCAGUAAUAGCAGAUAAGAACAUGGUAGGAACAAGUGCAUCAGAAGAACCACAGCUGGUGAUAAAGUUAUCAAAUACUUUGGUGGGCUUGGGUGAAACAUUCUCAAGUUAUGUGAAAGAUAGCCGUCUGAAAAACAUAGUUGAUAGCUUUUUUGAUCGAGUUUCAGAACUUGCUCCCGAUGCCUCCUUGGCUAGCCUUGAGGAGAUUUCAGAAAAGAUUUUAGGUUUGUUGGAAUUGCCGCAAACAUCAGUGAUAUCUAAUCAGAUUAGCAAUUUGAGUCAGCGCCUAGUGAAGAUUCUUGGGGAAGGCCAGCAAACUGUUUCACCUCGGUUAUUUGGGUGGCAAGAACGCCUCUCCGCAACCAUUGAAGACCUGCAGAAACAGUUGGAGCUGAUUAUUAGCUAUGAUUGGGACUUUGAUCAUUAUCUGGAGGAGGACGUACCUGCUGCGAUGGAUUACAUAAGAAAGCAGAGUGUACCAAAGGAUGGAAAGUUGCUUGCCAUUGGUCAUUCCAUGGGAGGAAUCUUAUUGUAUGCGAUGGUUUCGAAGUGUGGAUUCGAAGGGGCUGAGCCAGAACUGGCAGCAAUUGUUACUUUGGCUUCAUCAGUUGACUACACAACAUCCAACUCCUCACUCAAGAUGCUAUUGCCUCUUGCAGAUCCAGCUGAGAUGUUGCGCGUUCCUGCUAUCCCACUAGGAGCAUUACUGUCUACUACCUAUCCUAUAUCAUCCCGUGCACCAUAUAUUCUGUCACUGCUGCGUUCUCAAAUUUCAGCCAAGGAGAUGAUGGACCCUGAACUUCUUUCAAAGCUUAUCUUGAAUAACUUUUGCACAGUACCUGCAAAGGUUCUAUUACAGCUGACGACCGCAUUCCGUGAUGGUGGUCUGUGCAACAGGAAUGGUACCUUUUUCUUCAAAGAGCAUCUUCACAAAAUCAAAGUUCCGGUACUUGCCCUUGCUGGAGAUGAGGAUCUGAUUUGCCCCCCAGAAGCUGUUUACGAAACUGUGAAACUAAUUCCUCAGCAUUUGGUCACAUACAAGGUUUUCGGAGCCCCUGAAGGCCCUCACUAUGCACACUAUGACUUAGUUGGAGGGCGGAAGGCUGUCCAUGAAGUGUACCCAUGUAUAAUAGAGUUUCUCUCUCAGCACGACAAAGUGUCUUCAUGAGUUUUCACCAUUGAUAUCUAUGAUUGUAUGAUGUUCAAGACAUUGAAAUUCGUGGUGAAAUCACCUAAAUAGAAUUAAAGGGUUUUUUUGGUUCUUUUUGUUAACACGACUAGGCACUCUGCUAUUAGAUGGGUGCUAUUGUUCGUCUGUUGCUAAUUCAUCUUAAAUUUACCCUCUCUGAAACAGAUAUUUAUAAACAACCAUGUAGGAGUAGUAUUAGAGAGACGUACUCAGCUGGAUGUUGGCACCUCUGGCCGGAUUGGUGAUAUCUUCAAUAUCGAUGUCUAUCUUUUAGCUCUCCA